AUGACGUGGCUCUGUGGGGACGAAGAGGCUGUGCCCACCUGUGCAAAGGAGCACUGCAAGGAGGAAACUCUAAAAAUGAGGGAGAAGGGUUUCCUGCAGUACAGAGAUGAGCGAAAUCAGUCAAUCAUUGUCAGUGGGGAAUCUGGAGCCGGAAAGACCGUCUCUGCUAAGUAUGCCAUGAGGUACUUUGCUACGGUCAGUGGAUCCGCCAGUGAAGCCAAUGUUGAGGAGAAAGUCUUGGCCUCCAACCCCAUCAUGGAGUCUAUUGGAAAUGCCAAAACUACAAGGAAUGACAACAGCAGUCGCUUUGGGAAAUACAUUGAAAUUGGUUUUGAUAAGAGGUAUCGAAUCAUUGGUGCUAACAUGAGAACUUACCUCUUGGAAAAAUCAAGAGUGGUGUUUCAGGCAGAAGAGGAGAGAAAUUACCACAUCUUUUACCAACUUUGUGCCUCUGCAGCAUUACCUGAGUUUAAAACUCUACAAUUAGGGAAUGCAAAUUACUUUCACUAUACAAAGCAAGGUGGAAGCCCGGUGAUUGAUGGUGUCGAUGAUGCUAAGGAAAUGCUAAACACCAGGCAGGCCUGCACUUUGUUAGGGAUUAGUGAUUCCUACCAGAUGGGAAUUUUUCGAAUCCUUGCUGGCAUCCUUCACUUGGGCAAUGUGGAGUUUGCAUCUCGGGAUUCUGACAGCUGCACUAUUCCCCCCAAGCAUGAACCCCUCACCAUCUUCUGCGACCUCAUGGGUGUGGAGUAUGAAGAGAUGGCCCACUGGCUUUGCCAUAGAAAGCUUGCAACUGCCACUGAAACCUACAUCAAGCCAAUUUCUAAACUUCAUGCCAUCAAUGCCAGAGAUGCACUUGCCAAACAUAUCUAUGCUAAUCUCUUUAACUGGAUUGUAGAUCAUGUGAACAAAGCCCUUCACGCUACUGUAAAACAGCAUUCUUUCAUUGGAGUGUUGGACAUUUAUGGAUUUGAGACAUUUGAAAUCAACAGCUUUGAACAGUUCUGCAUCAACUAUGCUAACGAAAAGCUGCAGCAGCAGUUCAAUAUGCAUGUCUUUAAGCUGGAACAAGAAGAAUAUAUGAAGGAACAAAUACCAUGGACCUUGAUUGAUUUCUACGACAAUCAGCCUUGCAUCAACCUCAUAGAGGCCAAAAUGGGAAUUCUGGAUCUGUUGGAUGAGGAGUGCAAGAUGCCAAAAGGCUCGGAUGACACUUGGGCCCAAAAACUGUACAAUACUCAUUUGAAUAAAUGUGCCCUCUUUGAAAAACCACGUUUGUCGAAUAAGGCUUUUAUCAUCAAGCACUUUGCUGACAAGGUGGAAUAUCAAUGUGAAGGCUUUUUGGAAAAGAAUAAAGACACAGUUUAUGAAGAACAAAUUAAGGUCCUAAAAUCAAGUAAGAAGUUUAAGCUGCUACCAGAGUUAUUCCAGGAUGAGGAGAAGAUCCUCAGUCCCACAUCAGCAACCCCCUCAGGGCGCAUGCCUUUGUCUCGAACGGCUGUAAAACCAGCCAAGGCCAGACCAGGUCAAGCCAGCAAGGAGCAUAAGAAAACUGUGGGCCAUCAGUUUCGAAACUCUCUUCAUCUGCUGAUGGAAACCCUGAACGCUACAACUCCACACUACGUGCGCUGUAUUAAGCCUAAUGACUUCAAGUUUCCGUUCACAUUUGAUGAAAAGCGGGCAGUGCAGCAGCUGAGAGCUUGUGGUGUCCUGGAGACCAUCCGAAUCAGUGCAGCUGGCUUCCCCUCCAGGUGGACGUACCAAGAGUUCUUCAGCCGUUACCGUGUUCUGAUGAAGCAGAGAGAUGUCCUUAGUGACCGAAAGCAGACAUGUAAAAAUGUCCUGGAGAAGCUGAUUCUGGACAAGGAUAAGUACCAGUUUGGCAAGACAAAAAUAUUUUUCCGUGCUGGUCAAGUAGCCUAUCUGGAAAAAAUAAGGGCAGAUAAGUUGAGAGCUGCCUGUAUCCGCAUCCAAAAGACGAUCCGAGGGUGGCUGAUGCGAAAGAAGUACGUGCGUAUGAGGAAGGCUGCCAUCACCAUUCAGAGAUAUGUCAGAGGCUACCAAGCACGAUGCUAUGCCACGUUCCUGCGGAGAACACGGGCUGCCAUCAUUAUUCAGAAGUUCCAGCGCAUGUAUGUGGUCCGCAAAAGAUACCAAUGCAUGCGAGCUGCUACUAUUGCUCUUCAGGCUCUCUUAAGAGGUUACAUGGCCAGGAACAAGUACCAAAUGAUGCUUCGGGAGCACAAGUCUAUUAUUAUUCAGAAACAUGUAAGAGGUUGGCUGGCUCGAAUGCACUACCGUAGGACCUUGAAGGCAAUUGUUUACUUGCAAUGCUGUUACCGGCGCAUGAUGGCCAAGAGGGAGCUAAAGAAACUUAAGAUAGAGGCCCGGUCUGUAGAACGCUACAAGAAGCUUCACAUUGGCUUGGAGAACAAGAUCAUGCAGCUGCAGCGAAAAAUUGAUGAGCAGAACAAAGAGUACAAAUCUCUUCUGGAGAAGCUGAGCAACCUGGAGAUCACGUACAGUACGGAGACAGAGAAGCUGCGGAGUGAUGUGGAAAGGCUUCGGAUGAGUGAGGAGGAGGCUAAGAAUGCGACCAACCGUGUCCUCAGCCUUCAGGAGGAGAUUGCCAAGCUCCGGAAGGAGCUGCACCAAACUCAGUCUGAGAAGAAGACGAUUGAGGAAUGGGCAGACAAAUACAAACAUGAAACCGAGCAGCUGGUAUCGGAGCUGAAAGAGCAGAACACAUUACUGAAAACAGAAAAGGAGGAGCUGAACCGACGCAUCCAUGACCAGGCGAGGGAAAUAACAGAAACAAUGGAAAAGAAGCUAGUGGAGGAAACAAAACAGCUAGAGCUAGAUCUGAAUGAUGAACGGUUACGGUACCAGAACCUGCUGAAUGAGUUCAGCCGUUUAGAGGAGCGGUAUGAUGAUCUGAAGGAUGAAAUGAACUUAAUGGUGAACAUCCCCAAGCCUGGACACAAAAGAACGGACUCAACUCACAGUAGCAAUGAGUCUGAAUAUACUUUUAGUUCUGAGAUCACAGAAGCAGAGGACUUACCAGUGAGGAUGGAGGAACCAAGUGAGAAAAAGGCACCAUUGGAUAUGUCUCUGUUCCUCAAGCUGCAGAAACGGGUUACAGAGCUGGAGCAAGAAAAGCAAUCCCUGCAGGAUGAACUGGACAGAAAGGAAGAACAGGCUCUCCGUGCUAAAGCCAAGGAGGAGGAAAGGCCUCCAAUAAGAGGUGCAGAGUUGGAGUAUGAGUCGCUCAAGCGUCAAGAACUUGAAUCCGAGAACAAAAAACUGAAGAAUGAGUUGAAUGAACUGCAGAAGGCCCUCACAGAAACACGAUCUCCAGAGGUAACUGCUCCUGGCGCCCCUGCGUAUAGAGUCCUCUUGGAUCAGCUGACUUCAGUAAGUGAAGAGCUUGAAGUACGCAAGGAAGAAGUCCUCAUCCUGAGGUCUCAGCUUGUUAGCCAGAAAGAGGCUAUUCAACCCAAGGAGGAUAAGAAUACCAUGACAGAUUCUACAAUCCUCUUGGAGGAUGUACAAAAGAUGAAAGACAAAGGAGAAAUAGCACAGGCAUAUAUUGGACUGAAGGAAACAAACAGGCUGCUGGAGUCUCAGCUUCAGUCGCAGAAGAAGAGCCACGAGAAUGAACUGGAAUCACUGCGAGGUGAGAUCCAAAGUCUGAAGGAAGAAAACAAUCGCCAGCAGCAGCUCCUAGCACAGAAUCUGCAGCUGCCUCCAGAGGCCCGCAUUGAAGCCAGUCUACAGCAUGAGAUCACCCGGCUGACUAAUGAGAACUUGGAUUUAAUGGAGCAGCUUGAAAAGCAAGACAAAACCGUUCGCAAGUUAAAGAAACAGUUGAAAGUAUUUGCUAAGAAGAUUGGUGAGCUUGAAGUGGGCCAGAUGGAGAACAUAUCGCCUGGACAAAUCAUCGAUGAACCUAUUCGUCCAGUUAACAUUCCACGGAAAGAAAAGGACUUCCAAGGGAUGUUAGAAUAUAAGAAGGAGGAUGAACAAAAACUUGUCAAGAAUCUUAUUUUAGAGCUGAAACCACGGGGGGUAGCCGUCAACCUGAUUCCAGGACUACCAGCAUAUAUUUUGUUCAUGUGUGUACGCCACGCGGAUUACCUUAAUGAUGACCAAAAAGUGCGGUCAUUGUUGACUUCCACUAUCAAUGGCAUCAAAAAAGUGUUGAAGAAAAGAGGUGAUGACUUCGAAACAGUGUCCUUCUGGCUAUCUAACACCUGCCGAUUUUUGCACUGUUUGAAGCAAUAUAGUGGAGAAGAGGGGUUUAUGAAGCAUAAUACACCUCGUCAAAAUGAACACUGCCUCACUAAUUUUGAUUUAGCUGAAUACAGACAAGUACUGAGUGACUUGGCUAUUCAGAUCUACCAACAACUUGUCCGAGUGUUGGAAAACAUUCUGCAACCAAUGAUUGUUUCAGGAAUGCUGGAGCAUGAAACUAUCCAAGGUGUCUCAGGGGUGAAACCAACAGGACUGCGGAAGAGAACAUCCAGCAUUGCUGAUGAAGGAACCUACACUUUGGACUCCAUUAUUCGGCAGCUGAACUCUUUCCAUUCAGUGAUGUGUCAGCAUGGAAUGGAUCCAGAGCUGAUCAAACAGGUUGUCAAGCAGAUGUUCUACAUCAUUGGGGCUGUAACGCUUAAUAAUCUCCUCCUGCGCAAGGACAUGUGCUCGUGGAGCAAAGGAAUGCAGAUAAG